AGACUUGUUGGUUCGGUUGGAGAAAAUUUCCGAAAAGCCGAUGGAUUUACCAACAUCGUCAACUUCGAGGUCUACAAACUUUUCAACCAUAGCUCGUCGACUUCUCUUGGAACGUCAACAUCGCGAAAGUUCGGGAAGGAGCUUGCCUUCACAUUUAUCAAGUGCCAGGACUGGAAACAGAGCGGAUGAGGCUGCCAUACAUGCUCUUGAUAUACUGAGUGGCAACACAUCGUCUGCGAAUUCUGAAAAGGCCAGGAAAGAACUACUGGAAGAGUCCUUGCUUUUCCUGUCGCAGACUACUUCUGAUAAGAAGGAAUCCCUUGACGAAAUACCGCAGGCUACUUCUGAGGAAAAGGAAACUCUUGACGAGAUGGAUGCGGCUGACUUGCUAAGUGACGACGGAUCUCUUGAGUCUCUUGAUUCCCUUCCUGAAGGAUCCUCGGUAUCUCCUCCGGCGUCUCCUUCGGAACCUGGAAUAGUGAAGACGGAAAAAACUUCGCCGCAUUCAUCAUCAUCUCGUGAAAUGGACAACUCUGUCGUGAGAAAGCGAUUGAUCGCGGGACGGCGAGGCGAUCCCAAACGCUUGGGAGAACGCUUACAAGCGCUCAGGCCAGAGGACUUGAGAGCGCCACUCGAAGGAUCAUACGAUGCUGUCAAGUCCAAGAGAGCGGGUGCUGUUGGGCGGCCCUCGGAGCUCAAAAGACUUCUUGGAAGUUCUUGUGAUGGAACAGUUUUUGCGGCUGCUAUGCAGUUGACUUCAUUAGCCUGUGGAGUCUCUACCAACACUGUCAGAAGGCUCGGAGUGAAAAACAAAUUCGUGCAUGAACUUCUUCCACGGAGGGAGAAAGAUCCAGUAGAACAUGAAGAGGCUAUGGAAGAGGCAACAUUGCGAAAAUAUGGAGUGGAGUGGGGUCCCAUCGUGAAGUGGUUUAUUCGAGAAAAGCUGAAGAAGGACCGCAUGACCGUCCCUGCUUUACACAAAGAAUUAUGUGACACCUAUGCAGAUUUUCCCAUGUCAGAAAGCACUUUGAGGAGAUUUGUGAAGGCUAUUGGUGUCACUUUUGGCAGAGAUAGAGGUUUAGCGUACAUGCUUGUGUAA